UAUCAAUAAUGGUUUAAUGGGCAUUUAGUUCUAAGUGUAUAUUAUCAGAAAUAGUGUUGAAACUUAUAUAUAUUUUUGUUGAUAUGAAGAUUUUUAAAAAAAAGACUCAUUUGCAAGUAUAUUUUUAUUUUAUUUAUUUAUUCCAAUAUUUCUAGUUGCAUUUCCUGUUGAUCUUUGUGAAAUAUCACUUUUCUUCUUACAAAUAUUAUUAAUGAAAGGAAUGGAAUGAUUUAACUGGGCGGGUAAGCUCAGUUGGUAAAGGGCCUGGGUACUUAUUUGAGGAUUGCCAGUUUAAUCCUAGGCCCAGCCACAAGUUGUUUAUACAUGUAGUUUGGUAUUAAAAAUCUUACUAUUGUGUGCUGUAAUUGUCAAUUAUAUGUUUAAUAUGUAUGUAUGUGAUCAUAAUUAAAAAGGAUUGAAGUUGCAAUGUAGUUUUGAACAAAAGUAUCAAAAGUGUAUGUUUACAGAAAUCCAUUUACAUUACAAACACAAUACAUUAACAUUUUAAAGCUCUCAUAAGAUGAUCUUAUGAUAAUACAGGUAUGUAGGCACUUAAUGGUGAAGAUGUUACAGUUAGAGGCAUUUAAGAUGGUUGUGAGAUUAUACAGUCUCACUAGUUUGUUUGUCUUAUUAUCUGAACGUUUAAAACAUCAUUUGCCAUAACUACAUAUUGAAUAGGUGUCAAACUUAUUGAGGAUUUUUUACAGUGGGUUCGAAUAAACAAGAUACGUAAUCCUCCCCCAUUGGAAUUCCUAAGGCGUUUUUUUAAAACAAAUUUUCAGAGUUAAUUACAGUUUUAUUACUUGUCAAAUCGUGAUCCUUCUCCUAAAGAACAUUUAAAUACCAUAACAGUUCAGGGCUGUUGCCCGGCAAAUGCAUUUGUCAUCAAUUGUAAUUAACCACUCCGCCUUGUUAAAUGAUACCAGAUUUAGUUUUCCGGUGAUCAGUUUCUUUAAAAGGGCAGUUGAUAAUUUGUUUUAGUCUUGAUUAAUACAAUAUGGAUUAGCACGUUAGCAGACUAGCUUUUAACAGUGUUCAACAGUUUUUUUUCCUUUUAGAUUAUACUGCCCCUAAUUGGCAUCAACAUGUUUCGUCUGUUGUUGGUGACACUGUUGUUUCACAGAGCGGACUUCCAGGCCCUAGAAGGUCUGCAAGAAGCAGAGAAGUACAUACACGCCAAAAUACAUGGUUGUCUGAUGAUAUUUGCCUGGGUGUUCUGUGCCAGUAUAGGGAUCUUUUUGGCUCGCUUCUACAAGCCAAUGUGGCCAAAUAUUUCCUUCUUCAGAGAGAGGGUAUGGUUUGUGGUGCAUCAGACAUGCAUGGUGUUUGCAGUGCUGUUCUGUAUCGCUGCCUUCAUCAUCAUCUUUGUGUUUGAGAAGAAAUGGUCCUUGCUUGAUGGCCAUACCCAGUGGCAGAAGGCCCAUCCCUACCUGGGGGUCAUUGUGACCUUCCUGUGUGUUCUCAAUCCUAUCCUGGCUCUGCUAAGACCCCAUCCAGACAGUAAGAACCGCUUCAUCUUCAACUGGCUGCACUGGUUUGUUGGAAUGUGUGCCUUCAUCCUUGCAGCAAUGACGCUCAUUAUUGGUGUGACGCUGGGCAAGGCACAGGUCCAUUUCUCGUGCUCCUGGGUGCUGCUUGCAUGGAUCAUCUACCAGAUGAUUGUAAUGCUGCUCAUGGACAUUGUGGACUGCUGUGUGGCUGGAAACAGGCAAUGGUACAAGGCCGAGGGUCGGCUGAAGGAGCCCAAGUGGAGUCUGCUCCGCAAGGUGGUGCUGGGCGUGCAUGUGAUCAUCAUUUCGUGCUUUACGGUCGCCUGCAUUGUCAUCGUCGCCACAGGCUGAGCCGGGAACCAGGAGGAUGGAAUGGGGGGAUGUGUAAAUUAUAUGAAAGACAGAUUAAAGACUUGUUUGAUAUGAAGUUAUAGUGCCAUGUUAUUUGUUAAUUCCUUUCUAUUACAUUUAUGUUGUUUGAGAACAUGUUGUUUUUAAACUUGAUUUUUGUGUAACGCAAAAUAUAUUGCUGCUAGUGGGCUGAAAAAUAAUAAACAUAGUAACCACAAUGUAAAUUUGCCCUUCUCCAUAUUCUGGUUUUGGACACAACUUGAGUUAUGGCUCUUUUUAUGUAAACAAAUUGCAUUUUUCACUUUAAUUGCUGCUAGAGUGCUGAAACUUUUAAAAUAUAUUAACCAGUGUGUAAUUUGCGCACAUCCAUAUUUUGCUUUAGAAUUUUUGUGUAACAGAGUUGUUGCCCCAUUUGUAAAAAAAUGCAUUUUUUAAAACGUGAGUAGCCCAAUACUCAAAAAGUAUUGCUGCUAGACAUCUGAAACUUUGCAAUCAUAGUUACCAGCAUUUCAUCAACAUGGGCACCUCAAUAUUUUUUUAAUUUUGAGACAAAAGUGAAAUAGGAAGGGGGGCAUCCAUGUCUUAUGGACAAUUUUAUUUUUCCAAAUUAAGAAAAAUGUUUUCAUUUAUUUAUUUUUGUUAUGUUGAUAUUAAUCAAGUUAUUUGUUAUGGUUAUAUUUUUUCUAUUUAUAUUUCUGUGUAAAAUUUUCAAAAUAAAUUACACAUAGUGACAACACAUAAAUUACUGAUGUAAUUGCUUCGCAAUAUUUGGUGAGUAACAAACAAUUACAUUAUAUAGAUAUUCAAAAAUGAAAUAGUAACACAAUAGUUACGAUAUUCAAAAUGAAAUAGUAACACAAUAGUUACAAAAAAAAUGCAGCUGUCCAAACUGGUAUGUUUUUGUGUUUUGUGUUAUAUUUAUGUAUACCGGGAACAGCACAAUAAGUAUUGCUCCUUCAUUUAUUGAUUUUAUUUCAAUAUAAUAUUUGACCAACAAACUUAACAUACUUGUCUCUAAAUUUUUGCACAUAUGUGUUUUUAUGUCCCCCACUAUAGUAGUGGGGGACAUAUUGUUUUUGCCCUGUCUGUUUGUUGGUUGGUCUGUUGGCCUGUUUGCGCCAACUUUAACAUUUUGCAAUAACUUUUGCUAUAUUGAAUAUAGCAACUUGAUAUUUGGCAUGCAUUUGUAUCUCAUGGAGCUGCACAUUUUGAGUGGUGAAAGGUCAAGGUCAAGGUCAUCCUUCAAGGUCACAGGUCAAAUAUAUGUGGUCAAAAUCGCUCAUUUUAUGAAUACUUUUGCCAUAUUGAAGAUAGCGACUUGAUAUUUGGCAUGCAUGUGUAUCUCAUAGAGCUGCACAUUUUGAGUGGUGAAAGGUCAAGGUCAAGGUCAUCCUUCAAGGUCAGAGGUCAAAUAUAUGUAGCCCAAAUCGCUUAUUUUAUGAAUACUUUUGCAAUAUUGAAGAUAGCAUCUUGAUAUUUGGCAUACAUGUGUAUCUCAUGGAGCUGCACAUUUUGAGUGGUGAAAGGUCAAGGUCAUCCUUCAAGGUCAGAGGUCAAAUAUAUGUAGCCCAAAUCGCUUAUUUUAUGAAUACUUUUGCAAUAUUGAAGAUAGCAACUUGAUAUUUGGCAUGCAUGUCUAUCUCAUGGAGCUGCACAUUUUGAGUGGUGAAAGGUAAAGGUCAAGGUCAUCCUUCAAGGUCAAAUAUAUGGGUCAAAUUGCUCAUGUAAUGUCACUUCUGCAAUAUUGAAGCUAGCAAUUUUAUAUUUGAAAUGCAUGUGUAUCUCAUGGAGCUGCACAUUUUGAGUGGUGAAGGGUCAAGGUCAAUCUCAUCCUUCAAGGUCAAACGUCAUAUAGGGGGAUAUUGUGUUUCACAAACACAUCUUGUUCUAAAUGUUUUCCUUAUCUUAAUUUUCGGAUUCAUUCAAAAAUUAUUAUUUUUAGUGUCUGAAAACUUAAGAGUUAUAACGGUUAUCCAUGCAUUUUACUCGCUCUCAAAAGAUUUCGGCGCAUAUAUACUACUUUAAGAUUAUUGCCUCUUUUACCAGAGUUUGUAUGUCCUACUACAUGUUUUAUGUUUUGGCCCUAAAUUCAAACAAUAAUGCCUAAAUAAAUGACAUGUAAAUA